AUGGCUAUUAAGUACUUUAAUUUUAGAUGGAAAAUUGGUGGUAUCUUGGUGAGUGAAGUAGGGCCAACUUUUGUUGGGGGUAGGACUGAACAUUCCUUUAAUGUUGACUUUGAUCAUUUGUCUAUCCCUGAAUUGAAAGAUCUUGCUAAAGAAUUUGGGGUUAAUAAGUUAGGAACAACUUAUAUUGCACCUAAGGGUGGUAAUUUGAUAAAAUUAACAACAGACAGAGAUUUAUUAGACUUAGGAGUACUGUUGAAUGAUGGGGAGACAAUAGAGAUUUAUGUGUGCAAUGACUCAUCUUUUGAGGAUGGGCGGCCUAAUGGACAGCAUGUGACUGGUGGGUUUAAAUCCCUUUUCCAAACUCUUUUGAAGGGGCUGAAAAUACAAGAGAGAAAGAUCUUUGCUAGUGGUGAAGAGGUUGGAGACAAUGCCAACUCUUCCUCUGAUGAAGAAUUAGUGAAUGGGUCUGAUUCUGAACUUUCUGAGGAUUAUGAAAGUGAGGUUCAUGAAGAACUUAGGGUGGUGAAAGAAGAUCUAAGGGAAUACAAGAAAAAUAAAGCUGUUAGGGUUGUUGCUAAGGAGAAAGUAGAUGGUUUUUUAGGUGAAGCUGGAGUAGAUGAAGGCUAUGAAGACAUUGAUAGAGGCAGAACAAAUCUGAGGGAUAAAUUAGGAGGUGAUGAUGAUGAGCCAUAUUAUGACUCAUCAGAUGUAGGUAGUUUUGUUAGUGAAUCUGAUGCUGAACCUGUCAGUGAUGAUGAUGGAGUUGAAGGAGGGACUGAAAUGAGGCAAAGAAGAAAGAGUAAUAGGAUUGUGUAUGAUCCUGAUUGUGAGAAAGUUAUUUGGAAGGUUGGUCAAGUCUUUCAAAACGUAAAAGAGUUCAGAGAAGCCUUGACCAAAUAUGCAUUGAAAAAAGGGGUCCAGCUGGACAAGAAGAAGAAUCACACAAGGAGGGUUAGGGUUAAGUGCAAGACAGGCUGUCCUUAGAUGAUAUAUGCUAGCAAAGAAGGUAGGAGCACAAACUUUAAAGUUAAGACAUACAGUCCUAGACAUAAAUGUCAUAGGAACACAUCAACUUCUUGUGCAAUUCCAAAUUUCUGUCCAAGCACUGUAAGGAGAGGAUCAUUUCUCAACCUACAAUUAAAGGGUGGAAAAUACAAGAUCUGGUUAGGCAGGAUUUUGGUAUUUAUAUGGGAAAGGCAAUCUGUUUGAAGACUAGGAAAAUUGUUUUAAAAGAAGUCAUGCGAGAUCACAUUGCUGAGUUUGGUAGGCUAUUUGACUACAGGGAUGUCUUUGUUACAAACUAAUCUUGGCAGCACAUGUAUAGUGAAUGUAAUAGACAAGGAUGAUGGUAAAAAGGAGUUCAAAAAUUUCUAUAUCUGUUUUGCUGCUAUGAAGGUGGGUUCAUGAAUGGUUGUAGGAAGUGUAUAGGCCUUGAUGGUUGUUUCCUCAAGGGGAUAUGCAAAGGCCAGUUAUUAGUAGCAGUUGCUAAAGAUGGAAACAAUCAAAUGUUUCCAAUAGCAUGGGCUGUUACUGGGGCAGAGACAAAGGAUACAUGGAGAUGGUUUAUGAGAAUCCUUCAAGAUGGCCUACAACUUGGAGAUGGGACUGAGGUGACUAUAAUCAGUGACAUGCAAAAUGGAUUGGUUAGUGCUGCUGAAGAAGUGUUUCCAGCUUAUGAGCACAGAAUGUGUGCUAGACAUAUUCUGUCAUACUGGGCACAAAAUUAGAGGGGUAUUGAGAGGAGAAAAAAAUUCUGGAAGUGUGUUAGAUCAACUUUUGAAUCUCAACUGAAAGACUGGAUGACUUAAGUAAAUUGGGUAGAAAUAUUGUUGAAGACCUUAUCUCAUACAACAAAGAAAAAUGGGGCAAAGUGUACUUCAAGGAAUUUUCAAAAUGUGAUAGUGUUGAUAACAAUAUGUCAGAAAGUUUCAAUGCUUGGAUAUUGUCAGCUAGACACAAGACAAUUGUGUCAAUGCUAGAAGAAAUUAGAAUCAAGGUGAUGAAUAGGAUAGCUAAAAUGAGGGAUUUUGCAGAAACUUGGGUAGAUGGGAUAUCCCCAAUGGCAUUAAAAGUAUAUAAUGAAAAUGUUGAGAGGUCAAUGAACUGUUCAUUACAUUGGAAUGGAGACUUUGGGUUUGAAGUCAAAGAGGGUUUAUGUAAUCAUAUUGUCCACUUGGCAAGGGAGUACUGUAGUUGUAGGUCAUGGCAACUAAAGGGUAUUCCUUGUGCACAUGCAAUAGCAGCUAUGCACAAUAGGAGACUUGAUCCAGCUGAGACAAUUGUGCAUUGGUAUAGAAAAGAGACCUAUCUGCAAGCUUAUUCCAACUUCAUACAACCUGUUCCAAACAUGAUAAUGUGGCCAGAUAGUUCAAACCCAAAAAUAGAGCUUCCUGAAGUUAGAAAAAUGCCUGGUAGACCUAGGAGGUGUAGAAAAAAGAAGAUAGGAGAGGUGAAAAGGGCUGGAAAAUUGACAAAAAGGGGAAUAGCAAUGACAUGCUCUAUUUGCAAGUCCAGUUCACAUAACAGAAGAGGAUGCCCUUUAAGGCCACCAACAUCAGCAACAACACCAGCCGCAAAUAGAGCAUCAACAUCAGCACCUUCCAGGAGAAGAUACUCAGUGCCACUAGCGAAAGCAAGAAGAAAGCCAAGAGGAAAAGCACCAGCAACAGCACCAAAGCCAAGAGGAAA